ACAGUCAGCGGCCGCGCGCAGCACGCUGGGGCCCGGGAUGGCGGCGGCGGCGGCUGCUGGAAGCGGUUCGCCCCCGGAGGAGGAGGGGCCGGGUGGGGAGGCGGCCGCGCCACAGCCGCCAGCCCCGACGGGCGCGCCCGGGGCCCGUCUUUCGAGGCUGCCUCUGGCGCGAGUGAAGGCCCUAGUGAAGGCGGACCCCGACGUGACGCUUGCGGGACAGGAGGCCAUCUUCAUUCUGGCCCGAGCCGCGGAACUGUUUGUGGAGACCAUUGCAAAAGAUGCCUACUGCUGUGCCCAGCAAGGAAAAAGGAAGACGCUCCAGAGGAGAGAUUUGGAUAAUGCAAUUGAAGCCAUGGAUGAAUUUGCUUUUCUAGAAGGUACUUUGGAUUGAUUACUGAGCUGUGUGGUUUUGUGAGCCUUCAUCUGCUUCCUUCAGCCAGCUGGUCUCCUGCAGGCCCCAGCUUUGCAGAACGCUGUCUGUGGGACAUUGCAGUUCCUCACUCUUCCUCUUCUACCUUCGCCAAAGCCGAGAUGAGCAGAGGUCUCAGCCGUUACCUUUGCACCACACUGUCUUCCAUUACUUGUGUCUUCCACUUUCAGCCUGGGUGCAGCUGCUGCUGCUUGGGGCGGAGAUAAAGGAACUGUUUGUAUAAGCUGUUCAGUGAAUAAUGAGGACCCAAAUAAAGGUUUCCGAUCAACUUCAA